CUGAUGGUCUUUACGCCUUUACGAAUGCUCUUGUAGAUUCUAAACUCUACAUAAUGGGCGGCAUGAUAGGACCUCAUAUUUAUAAAGAUGUUUUUUACCUAGACUUUUCAAUUACCUUAGAUACUUUGAACCCAUCAUAUGAAGAUCUCCCGUUGAUUCCUGUUUACAGUGCUUGGGGAACCGCAUCUGUUGGAGGAUUAGAUAAAUCCAAAAUAUUUUUAAUCGGUGGCGAAAUGUUGAAAUUAUUGGAUUUGGAUUUUGAUAUUUAUGGCUUAAGCAAUUCUUCUGUCUAUAUUUUUGAUACAAUUAAUCAAGAAUGGACAGUUCCCGCUAUUUCAGGAAUUCAACCAUCAAAGCGUAGACUAGCUUCUUCCAUUUUUGAUCCUGAUUCAGGGUGGAUCUAUAUUUUUGGUGGAGUAACGAAUAACUAUACAAUGCUCUUUAACGAUUUUAUCGUAUUAGAUUCAAUCAACUUGUCUUGGGUUAAACUUAAUUCAUCCUCUAAUAUUCUACCAAGAGCUUCUCACACUGCAACACUAAUUGCGAACAGUACUAUUGUUUUUAUUGGUGGAUUAGAAAUGACAAAUGAUUCUAUUAAUAUUGUUAACAUUAGUCAGAUUUGGACAUAUGAAAUUAAAUCAGGAACAUGGACAUCUCAUGUAAGUUCAUCUCCUGACGGAAAUAUUAUCAUAUACAGUGGUAUGGGGGAAAAUGAUUCAAUAGCCAAACCAGAGCUUAUAGUACUUAAUGUCCAAACUACUCCCUAUCAAUGGAUAGUGCCGUCAAUCCCACCAGAUAAUGCACCGCCCUCACAACUGCUGCUAUUGUUGAAAAUUAUAUGA